CACACACUCACAGAGAGAGACAUAGGUAUUGGUACUGUACUAUGUAUGAGAUGACAACUCUCAUGCCCUGAUUUUGCACGUCUUUAGUAGUUAAUCUGAAUCCGUCAUCCUAAUCCUACUUUUCCAAGUUUUUUCCCUUUUCCUUUUCCAUUUCCAUCUCUUUUUCUUUUCUUUUCUUUUUUGUCUUCUCACACCUGCUUACCUUCUCUCUUUUUAUUUCUCAUCUUGUGUCCCAAAAACUUCCCCUUCCUUUUUAUCCCUAACGUCUGAUUUGAUUGCGAUACCCUUGGUCUUGGAAGGCCUCUCCCGCCUUAUCUCUCCCUCGGAAGACCUUCUAAGUACCUUCCCCUCUUUUGAUUUUGAUUUUUUGGUGGAUCACACGACAAAGUGCCUUUCCCUUGAUGGCCCUUGAUUGCGCCCUGCCAUCCUCAACCACAUCUCAUAAUGGCGUACAACGCCGUUUCUCAAGCCGACCACGAGGUGGCUUCCAACGCGACCGAUUCUGAUGUCUCCCGAAGCCCGUCGCCGCACAAAACGACCUUUCAACAUCUUCCUUUAGAUGUCGAUCAUAUUGGUGGAGGCACUUAUCUGCAGCCGGCCAAAACUGCCGAGGAUUCCAGCAUGGGUCGGUUAGGUUCGUUGAUCCGGUCCAUGACCUCCACAAGCUAUGACAUGGUUGAGGAAGAUGACUACGACAUCGCCGAUCCUCCGACAAACCGGAGGUCUAAUAGUCUCCGUCGCGUUGCGCCGCUAGACACUAGAGCUGCCCACGCCGGCUCCCCUGAACCUCCCCUGCGAUCCCCGAUCACUGAUACCCCCGUUCCUCUCAGCCAUCCUACCCCGGACCUUCAAUCGUUGCAAGGUGCCUAUUUGAAUAAUGUAGAGAGACUGGAAAGGAGUGCCGAACAACUCAGCUCGAGCUCGGCGGAUAUUGGCAGCGAAAUUCGCAAGAUGGAUCGUGAACAGAAGAGGCGCUCGGUCAGCUCAGUCUCCAAUUCCGUGCGUGAAAGCAACCCCAUGAAGGGAACGGUGCCAUCCAGCCAAGGGUCAAUUAUGUCCGCAUCUCGAUUGGCCCAAGUUUCCGAACACAUGCCUGAAGAAAGAUUCGCCCAGUCGAUGAUGCACGCUUCUAACGACUCUACCCUCCCUCCGCAACCACCUGUUCCCAUAGAGCCCGACUUUGCCUACCAUGACCAGUACAGUCACACCCCGGAUGAAAUUCAACGACCAUCUUCGGCCGCGUCAGGAGACACCUUCCAACAGGCUAGGGUUCUGUUCACCGACUUUGAUGGCGUGCAUUAUGUUCCCCACGAUAAAGGCCAAGACCUUGGGCGACAAGUAUCUUUGACAAGGCCGCCCUUGGCGAGCAGACCGGAGUCAUACAAGGAGCCGCAGACGGGGGAGAAUAUGGUUUAUUAUCCCGCUCCGGUGCCUAUGAUGCUUAAUUUACCACCGCGGCUAUCACAGAAGCCUAAUCCUGAACGAGAAAAACGUCGGACGCAGUUGCUUGGUUCAGUCACUGCCGAAAACCGAAAAUCGGCUCCUUGGCUGUCUAGUCAGGCUCUAGGCGAUGCAAACGAUCCCAAGCGUGAGAGGCCGCCAGCGGAUCUACCUCCGCAGCUUCGUGCUAGUGUUUUCUUUGAACAACCCGCCACACCACUUGACGUAGAGGUAAAACAGGCUUCCGCAGUUGCGACACUUGACAGCAUUCUCGAUGCCUCAACAAAUGCGCCGGUUACUGCUUUCACGGACCACCCGUAUGCUGGCCCUGUCGGUUCAGAAGUGUACGCCAAACACAAGGCGUCAUCUAAAGACUUGGCGGCGCAGAAGAAGAAACACAUGUCAAGGAGUACCCUCAGAGUCGACCAUCCCUCCUCUGACUCGGAUGCUAGAGCAAGUUCAUUCGCGUCACAUCACUUGUACCACCAAACAGAAGCCGAUGCAGCAGACAUACAUGAGGGUACCUCAUUACGUGAAGGCGCUCAUGACGGAGAUGAUGUUGAGCACGAUCCCCUUAAAGAUAAUGGGGAAGAAAGCAACGAACAAGAGGUUCCAUUUACAGGGCCUCCUUCUACCUUGUUAGCGGAGCUUGAAAUGAGAAAACACGAGCUGCGGCAACGACAGCGGACUGCCGCUAACUCUAUAGGACUGCAUUCAACGCUCCUUCAGCUUGAUGCUGUUGCUCAGAAGCAGAGUGAACAUAGGAGGCAUCGGCCUGUUACCCUUGCCUGGGAAGAUCCCGAUGCCAACAAGCCAGGUGAUGAUGGCGAUGAUGAUGAUGUGCCCCUCGGAAUGCUCUUCCCCGAGAAGGCUACUGCUACUGAUGAUAACAGGCCCUUGGGUCUUAUGGAGAGACGUGAAUUAGAAGAAAGCGAGCCCUUGAGCAGGCGCCGCGCGAGACUGCGGGGUGAACCUCCACCACCUCCACCACGCAGCCCUGACAACCGCCCAACUACCAUGUACGUGCAGAACGCACAGGAGCCCGCCGGGGGUGAUAGUGGCGACGAAGGGGAGACCCUGGCCGAGCGCUUGAAGCGCUUGAAGGGUAAGGACCGCCGUAAAUCUGCAACGGGAAGUGAGUUUGCCGACGAGAUUCUUGCGGAGGUUGACCAUAUGAAUGAUGGCGACAAGGAGAAAGGAGACGAGGGGGCGCCAGAAGAGGAAACCUUGGCUCAACGCCGAGCACGUCUUCAGAAAGAAGCGGAGUCACGAAAUUCAACUCUGAAGGUGCCUAGGUACCGAAGGAGUAUGGCGGACCUACUUCAUGCCCGACGACCGGCCGCUGGGGGAAGACCGGCUUCCAGGGAGGCCGCAUUACACCGUACUUCGACCUACCAACCUCCCUACGAUAGUCGAAUGUCUCUCCAAUUCUCGGCGCACCCAGGACAGCCGGUACCAUCGAGACAUGCUCAGUACCAAGGACCCGCAAGGACCGAUUCUUUUGGGUACGGAGCAGUCCACCCAAAUACAUUUUACAGCGAUGCUAUACUGGGAAUGAAUCAUCUGAGCUAUGUUGCACCACAUAAGGCCGUACGACCAGGCGCCGAGACGGGCCAGCGUGAGAUGAUUGAUCGAUGGAGGCAAAGUAUAGUAUAAGGCCGUCUUUCUAUUUCUCAUUUUCUUAUUUACUAUUACCACAUCUUUAAUAUUCUCUGCGUUAGUUGAAGGAUGGAUAGGUUUCUUGAGCGCAUAUUGUUAUUCAUGAUGAUUGAAAGCAUGGGUCAUUGCGGUGUCCUGUAGAUUAGCGAACGCAUUGCAUUGCAAGUAUGUAUAAUAUCUCAUUAUUUUACUCCUCAGUAAUCAAGGUGAAUGAUUUGGUGUGAUGAU